CCACCGCACCCAUCCCGGUGGUUCCCAGCUGUCUCCGGACUUGGGCUGCUCCCAUGGGUCACUUUUCGAUAUCCAGCCCUCAUUUAAGGGAGACUGAGGACCUGUGAGGCCAUACCUGCCCCUCCCCUCUGCUCAGACGGUGAGAGGUGCCUCAGCCACACACAGUACAUGCAGAACCUCACGUCUAACUGUGGCGAGCACUUAAGUUCUCUGGAAGGAAGAGGUCGGCUUUCACUGCCCGCUUGGGAGGUGUUUCCAAACAGGACAUUCGUCAGCAGAUUUGGGACUACAUGGAAUCACAACAUUUAGCUGAUUUCCCCCGGCCCGUUCAUCACAGGAUUCCCAACUUCAAGGGCUCCUACCUGGCUGGCCAGAGCAUCAGAGAACUAGAGGUUUUUGCCAGAGCGCAGGAAGUUAAGGUGGACCCCGACAAGCCACUGGAAGGCGUUCGGCUGCUGGCGCUGCAGAGCAAAAAAACAUUGUUGGUCCCAACACCACGACUGAGAACGGGGUUAUUUAAUAAGAUCACACCACCUCCCGGGGCAACGAAAGACAUCUUGAGAACAUGUGCCACCUCUCAGGGCGUGAGGAGCUACAGCACUCCCGUGGGCUUGGAUUCCAGGGUCCUUGUGGACUUGGUUGUGGUGGGGUCCGUUGCUGUUUCUGAAAAAGGCUGGAGAAUUGGGAAGGGAGAAGGUUACGCUGAUCUGGAAUAUGCCAUGAUGGUGUCGAUGGGAGCAGUCAGCCAGGGGACGCCUGUGGUCACCAUCGUCCAUGACUGCCAGGUCGUCGACAUACCUGAAGCGCUGCUCGAGGACCACGACCUAACAGUGGACUACAUUCUCACUCCGACGAGAGUCAUUGUCACGGGGUGUGAGCGCCCAAAGCCGACGGGAAUCAUAUGGUCCAAGGUCAGCCGUGAGGUGAUGGGGAAAGUCCCCAUACUCAGAAGCCUUCGUUGCCGAGAGAGGCAGGCUGGGAGAGAUGUCACCCUUCAGGAUGAGCCCCGGCACCUUCUGGGAACCAGCAGCCGGCAGCCACCUCCCCUGAGCACUGUCAGAAGACACCAGGACCCACAGCAGCCUGAAUCCUGUUCUGGGCAGGGGGAGGAUGGGCCUUCUAACACCGUUUUCAUCGGGAACCUUCCGCGGGGCACCCGAGUGAGUGAGCUGAAGAGAGCCCUCCGAGAGCUGGGCACAGUCCCCCAGAGGCUCACGUGGCAGGGGCCACAGCGCAGGGCCUUCCUGCACUACGAGGGCCCCACCUCAGCCCAGCAGGCGGUCUCCUGCUUGCGGGGCUUGCGUCUGGGUGCUGCCACCUUGAAGGUGGCGCUGGCCAGGCCGCAGAGGGCCGGAGAUGGGACAGGCAGCUGUGCGGAGGAACCACGCCCUGACCGUCGCUCAGCUGUCUCUGACCUGUGAUGUG